UCACUUCCUGCCGCUUAACAACCCUCUCCGUAAAAUUCAUAUAUAAUCAUACUUGCAGCCCUUUUGGUUGCCCAGCUCUCUAUCUUUAUCCCUAUUCCCAAAUCAAUAUUAUAAUCUUUUUUCCAUUUUAAUCGUCAUUCAUCUUCAUAUAUAUAGGAAAGUCAGUUUUGUCUACAGAUUUCCCCUUUUUUCUUCUUUGUAAUCCUCUGCAAUCGAAUUCCGAAUCGACGGAGACAAAUUAACCAUGGUGGAAACAAGGCGGAGUUCGUCUUCCUCGAAACGCACGCUAUCAUCCCCAUGUUCGUCUCCUAUCCCAACCGGGAAAAGAUCAAAGGCAGCGGAGGCAGCAUCUUCGUCUACUACCGGGACGCCGGUGGAGCCCAUUGAGGCGGUGGUGAAGGAAUCCGGUGGAUGCGAGUCUCAAGAACAGGAGGUCCGAUCUUCUGAUCCGUCCAAGAAAGACUCCGAUGCAUGUGACGAAGUGCCCGGUGUUGACGUUCCUGAAAAAUCUCCGGUUGUUCAAGUGGAAGGACAGCCGUUAGUCUCGCCUAUGUCUCUAGGUGAUUCGUUAAUAGAUGUAGAGAAGACGAAGGCGAAUGGUGGUUCAACCGUGUUGAAUCGUACCAAGAAAAGACAGUCAAAAUCUAAUGUUGGGGUUGCGUGGGGAAAGCUUCUUUCCCAGUGCUCACAGAACCCUCAUGUUGUCAUGGAUCGUCCCAUUUUCACUGUUGGUCAAGGUCGCCAAUGUGACCUGUGGAUCGGUGAUCCUAACAUCAGUAAAUCAUUGUGUAGCCUGAGGCACAUAGAGUCGCAGCAAGGAGGCGCAUCAAUCACUUUACUUGAAAUCACUGGUGGCAAAGGUGUUGUGAAGGUCAAUGGCAAGACAUGCACUAAAAGGUCAACCUUACCACUUAAAGCUGGAGAUGAAGUGAUUUUUAGCUCUUCUGGAAGGCAUGCUUAUAUAUUUCAGCAGCUAUCAAAUGAUAAUGUUGGUGCAGAUGUGGCACCUCCCAUGAGCAUAUUAGAAGCACAUAGCGGGUCAUUAAAAGGGUUACAGUUUGGGGCAAGAUCUAGAGACCCAUCAGCAGUUGCAGGAGCUUCAAUAUUAGCAUCUUUGUCUAGUAUUCAGAAAGAGUUAUCUCUUCUCCCCCCUCCUUCUCGUAAAGGCAAAGGCUUACAAACUGGAAUGCCAAAUCUACCCUCUGUCUGUGAUAAUCGUGCAACUGAUACAGAAAUGAAAGAUGCUGCUGAUGUGGCACCAUCGAGUGAGAAAGGUGCUAAUGAGAACAUUGUUGGUGUUGGGGACACAGGGAAUGCCCCUGGCCCUGCAGCCACUCAUGAAUUAAGGCCAUUACUGAGAAUGCUUGCAGGAUCCACUGCUUCUGAGUUGGAUAUUUUGAAAAUUAUUGAUGAGAGGAAAGAAAUUAGAGAACUGCUUAAGGAAAUUGAUCCACCCAUCUCCUUAGCAGCAAGGCGUCAAGCAUAUAAAGAUAGCUUACAACAAGGGAUUCUCAGCCCCAAUGCAAUUGAAGUUACAUUUAAAGAUUUCCCAUAUUACUUAAGUGAAACAACAAAAAGUGUAUUGAUUGCCUCCACAUAUCUCCAUCUGAAACGUAAUGAUUUUGUGAAGUAUGCCUCAGAUCUGCCUACUUUGUGCCCUAGAAUACUCUUAUCUGGUCCAGCAGGUUCAGAGAUAUAUCAAGAAACAUUGGCAAAGGCUCUUGCUAAACAUCUAGAUGCUAGACUGCUUGUAGUUGAUUCUCUUUUAUUACCUGGUGGAUCAGUUGCUAAGGAAACAGACACCUCACUAAAGGAGAGUACUAGGCCUGAAAGAGCAAGUGUGUUUGCUAAACGGGCCCCACAAGCGGGGGCUAUGCACUCGAAGAAACCGACAUCAAGUGUUGAGGCUGAUAUAGUUGGUGGAUCUACCACAGGCUCUCAUGCUCAGCCAAAACAGGAAGCAUCUACUGCAUCAUCAAAAAGCUACACCUUCAAGAAAGGCGACAGAGUUAAAUAUGUGGGUUCCUUGUCAUCUGGUUUUUCUCCUUUGCAGACUCCCUUGAGGGGGCCGACUUAUGGUUAUAAGGGCAAAGUUCUACUUCCAUUUGAGGAGAAUGGGUCUUCCAAGAUUGGAGUCAGAUUUGAUAGGUCAGUUCAAGAAGGGAACGAUCUUGGAGGAAUUUGUGAGGAAGAUCAUGGCUUUUUUUGUUCUGCUGAUUCGCUUCGCCUUGAUUCUUCGAGUGCCGAUGACAUUGAGAAGCUUGCCAUUAAUGAACUUUUUGAGGUUGCUGUUAAAGAAAGUAAAAGCAGUUCGUUGCUUUUGUUUGUGAAAGAUAUAGAGAAAUCAAUGCUGGGAAAUCCAGAGGCGUAUGCUUCCUUCAAGAGCAAGCUUGAAAAUGCACCUGCCAAUGUGGUUGUCAUUGCUUCACAUACUCAAAUCGACAGCCGCAAGGAGAAAUCACAUCCUGGUGGAUUACUCUUCACAAAGUUUGGGAGCAAUCAGACCACAUUGCUUGACUUGGCUUUCCCGGAUAGUUUUAUCGCCAUACAGAUGCCUCAGGAUGAAGUGCUGCUUUCAGACUGGAAGCAACAACUGGAUCGUGACAUAGAGACCUUAAAAUCACAGUCUAACAUUGUCAGCAUCCGUGCCGUUCUGAGUCGAGUCGGUCUCGAGUGCUCCAACCUUGAUGAACUAUGUGUAAAAGAUCAAACCUUGACUAACGAAAGUGUGGAGAAAAAGUUAUUGGAUGGGCUUUGA